UGGAUACAGCGCAAUGGAGGAAGAAGAGACUGCCAGUGCUAUGGAAGGGAUCAUCACUCAGUUCAACACCUAUGAAGACUUUCUGGAUUCGCAGAUCACAUCGCUGGACCUCUUCUAUUUGGAGGAUGAAGAGUUAGCCCGUCAGCUAGUUGAGCUAGGCUACAGAGGAAGUGGCGAGGUUUUAAAGAGGGAAGAGUUUGAGGCAAGAAAAGCUGCGGCAGAGGCUUCCAGACUUUCCCAGAGAACUCAACAAAAAAUAUUGUCAAGUGCAGGAAAAGAAUUGAAGGAUAAUUUCCUGAAGGCAUUAGCUCUUAGGGAGGAAGCAAACCGCAAUGGGAAGAUGACUUCUAUUAUCUUUAUCCGGGAUAAAAACUCCCAUGGACAAGAGCUGUCUGGCUAUAUUGAUUUUGCUCACCGGCUAAAGACUGAAGACUUUGAAGUGUACUUUAGUGGCAAGAAAAAGCUUCUUCCACGUCCAACUGACUUAAGUUUUUAUAACUGGGAAACCCAUGUUUCAACUUCAAAUGCAAGUCCAAAUUACCAAGUGAUUGCAGAAAAUUCAUCAGGAUUACUGUUCAAAAAUAAGAGGGACAGGAAAAUACUAAACGUGGAUCCUAAGGCUCCGCCAGGAGAUAAUACAACCCGGACACCAAUACAGAGUCAUCUUUACACACAGGCUGUUAUUCAUGAUCAUAUUACAAGACGUAAGACCUAGU